AUGUUGUUUGUGUCGGGCGUAUUCCGCUGGGUCACGAAGACGGGACAAUUUUCUCAUAUCUGCGACCGGCCCAUCGGUGCUUUGCUUUCGCGACGUAUUCCGCAAGUCACGAAGACGGGACAAUCUUCUCAUAUCCGUACUGCGAAAGACGGGACAAUCUUCUCAUAUCCGUACUGCGAAGUCCAUGUAUUCCGCUGGGUCACGAAGACGGGACAUUCUUCUCAAAUCGUACUGCGAAGUCCGACGAGAUCUUGUGUGUCGCUUCAGAAGACUGCACUCGAGCGCUUUGUGGGUGGUCCGUAG